AUAAUUAAAACUUAAAAAAUGACUAAUUGUUACAGAUAUCUAAAGAGGUGGGUUCUUCCCUUGUUACAAAUGCUUCUGUAUCUAUAUGCUUUUGCCCCCCUAUUAAGUAAAUAACAAUGGGAAACAAAUAAAUAUGAGUAUGAUCCAUUACUAUUAAGUUAUUUAUGUUAUUUACUACACGUUUGAAGCUCUUAUUAGUCGACUGAUGUGAAACGUUCAUUAAAUAAGAGUAUUUUUGGAGUAAUAUACUCAGCCAUCUUAUUUUGUUCUUAUUUUACAACACACAAUUUGUUCGUUUUUAAAUAAAUUCGCACAAGAUUUGCACAAAACUAUUUUUAACAAAUUUAUGUUUAUUUAUAAUGAUUAUAAACAUUUGUCAUUCUUUGUUUAACGCGUUGCACCCAGUUGUACCACCGAUACAGUUGUCACAAUAUGAAAGAGAGAGACGGUAAAUGUAUCAACAACUGACAAAAACAGUGCAGGAGUUAUACAGAACUUUUACUGUAGUUAAUUCUAUUAAACAAAUAAUUUUAGUUUUAUACUUUUUGAAAACGUGUACUGUAAUAUCUAACAAAUAUUGAAUUACUGUGUAACUGUGUUUAAAAAAGUAGCUAGAAUUAAUCAAUGAAAGCUACAGACUUGUUUACGUCACUGACGCGAAAGCUUGUUCACUAGUUGGACCCAUUCAGAACGUUUAGUGUAGUGUUGUGCUAAGUGAAAGUGGUCGUAAGAAAAAUUUAAGUAGGAAUUCUUACCAAUGUUUGAAAGGAAAAUGUUUGCUGAAGAUGUCGAAAAUAUUAUCGAAGCUACAACCAUAUCCAAGCACCACCACAUUAUAACCUAACAGAGGUGCAGAUGGUUUAAUGUGAGACGUAUAUUUAAAUUAUUUCAUUGUUUUUAUUAUGGAAUAUUCUAAAAGAAUCGAUUCAGAAGCCAUAAAUUUAUUUCUUAAUGAAGUUAAAGAUAUUCAGCAAGAUGUGGAGUAUUUUGAAGAAGAACAAGUUGUUUUGGACGAAAUUGAACAAGCAGCUGAUUUUCUUCAGAAGGUAGGACUAUCAAAUUUAUCAGAGAUAUAUCAACAAGGUUGUGAAAUAAGUGAAAGUGUUGUUAAUGCCACUGUAAGUCAAAGAAAUUUGACUCUGAAACAAGUACAAACUAUAAAGUCACGGGUCCAAACAUUAAAUAAGACUUUGAGGAGUCAUCAGCCAAGACAAAAACAAAGACAAGAUGUUAGAGACGUAACAUGGAAUGUUGAGACUUCUUGUACAGAUACCAAGAUUAAUAAUGAAGGAAUUCACUUUUUGAAUUCCUCUGAUGAUCCAAGUAGUGAUAUAAACUUAAAUGAUCAACAGUGUAGUUCAUUACCAUACAUUUCACAUGAUUCCAGCAACUUGCCAUUAAAGAGUAAAUCAAAAUGGUCUGCAGAUGAUCAACUACAAAGUAAGGGAUUUACAAAUGCAAAAUAUGAUAAGGGAGAUAUUGCUCGACUGUUGUCUGAUACGGUAGUAUUAAAAGGAUACCAUCCAAUUCAGGAAUCCAGUUUUGUAUCAAAUGUACAUAAAGAAAGAAGUAGUAGUACAAGUCAAGAAAAUGAAAUAUUCAAAAGUGAUGGUUCUAAAAUAAAUGAUUCUACCAAUUCCAUUUAUAAGAAAAACAUAUCUGAUGAUACUAGUAAUAGUAAUAUGAUUAAGAUAAAUGACAAAAUACUAAGUUUUGAAAAUUUUAUUCAGAAAAGUGGCGAAAAUUCAAAUGUUUUAAAGGCAUGGAAGAGUCAGGAAGAUAUUCACAUAGAAAACCUUAGUAUAGAUGAUAUUUCUGAAAGUGAAUAUCAAUAUUUAAGACCAUUCCUUUGGGUAGAAGUUACUGCUUUAUUCGACCAAUGCAACACUACCAUAAUUAAAAGAAAAGCUAACAUAAAAAACAAGCGAGGUAAUGUUUUUGGAGUUAAUUUAUCGACUUUAAUUAUGAGAGACAUGCCAAGGACUACGGAUAUUUCAAUGGUGCCAGAAAUAUUUAAGAUAAUAAUUAAUCACUUAUCCACCAGAAGUUUAAAAGAAGAUGGUAUUUUACGAAUAGGUGGGCAAAAGCAGAAAUUAGAAAGAUUGUGUGCUGAAAUAGAAUCAAAAUUUUAUGAAAAUAAACAGUAUAUAGAGAAUUUACUUCAGCAAGCUACCUCUCACGAAAUAGUUGGUGUUCUGAAAAAGUUACUUAGAGACCUUCCAGAUCCAAUUUUUACAAUGGAAUUGUUUGAUAUGUUUUAUAAAUGCAACUCAGUAUUACCGAAACACGCUCAAUUUAAAGCAUUGAACAUAUUAGUGCUUCUUUUGCCAGUGGAACAUAGAAAUACAUUUCGUUUAUUACUUAAUUUUCUAAUUAAUGUUAUUAAACAUGAAAAGGAAAACCAUAUGAGUUUACACAAUGUUGCUAUGGUAGCAGCUCCCUCGUUUUUUCCACCGAAGUUAUUACUACCAAAAGAAAGUAAAAUUCAGAUAAAAAAUGUCCUGAAAGAGGAUAUUGAAAAACAUAUAAAUGAUGCUGCUGUAUGUUGCUGUACAAUGGAAACAUUGUUAAAAUAUGGAGAUAGUCUUUGGACAGUACCAAUAGAUCUCGUUAACCAGGCCAGGGAAGCACAGAAAAGAGUUCAAAAUCGAAAAGACAAAAGGGACUAUGGAAGGAGGAACGUAAGAAAAGAGUUGCAAAGGAGUAAUACCCAAUAUCAGCCAAAUAUCAUUUCUCCACGAGCUAAACGUGAUAUUUUUUUAUAGGUACCUUAAUAAAGACUAUAGUAGAUGUAAGUACCAUAUUACAUUUUACCUUUAACUUAAUAAUAUAUUUGUUUGUUAUGCUAUAUACAAGGUUUACAAAUCAUUAAAUUUUAACGAUGUAA